AUGAAAUCAAGAGAAUUAUAACUCCAUUUUGAUUUACAAGCCCUUGAUGAUACAAAUUUCUAAUCUGAUAAAGUUGUAGAUAAAUCUAAUAAACAAAAAUAAAUUGAAGAUUAAGAUAAAUACUCUAAUUAAAAUCUAAUUUUUGAAAUGGAAAAUUCUCCUACACCAAAAUAGAACAAGUCUUAACAAUAGACAAAAAUAUAUUCUAAUGAUAAAGAUCAACUAUAUUAUCAGAAAAAUUAUGAAAAAAUCAAUACAGAAUUUAAGAGUGCAGAAAUGCAAUAAAGAAUUUAAUUGGCUGAAUAACUCAAGAAAAAAGGUAAUUAUUAUUACUCAAAUAAAAAUUUUGAAGAAGCUAUAACUUAAUAUAGUGAAGCACUUGAAUUGAUUUAAGAUAAUGCUGUCUUAUUGCUUAAUAGAGCUAUUGCAUAUAUUAAAAUUUCCAAAUUUUAAUAAGCAAUUAUAGAUUGUACUAAAGUUCUAGAGAUUGCUUAAAAUAAAGAUGAAAGAUUAACUUAAAGCAUUGAUAGUUUUUUUAAAGCCCAUUUAAGAAGAGCUCUGGCUUAUUCUAUAACUGGACAAUUAGAAAAGGCCUUAGAAGAUGUUGAAUAAGCUAUAUAGAUUGAUCAUACUGAUAAGGAAGCACAAAAAUUAAGAGCAGAUGUCAAACAUUAAUUAAUGGAUAAAAAAAAUAAAAUAGAUUCAAAAGAAUAUUCAGAUGAAUCAAAUGAAAUAGAAUAAUAAUCAAUUAAUUAAAAGGAGAAUAGUUUAACAAUAAAGGUUAUUAAUUCUGGAUAGAGUAAUGAAAUUGUUUAAAAAUAUAAGAAAUGUAAGUUUAAAUAAAAUAAUUUAAAUUAUAAGGAUGUUAUAGAUGCAUUUCUUAACUAAAAUUAAAAUUAUGAAUUAUUUUAGGUAUUAUAAGUAAUGAUGUAAUAUACAGAUGAGUCGGCUGCUUAUUUUUAUGAUAAAAAAGGAAUUGAAACAUUGAUUUAAAUUAUUAAGGCAGAUGAAGAAUUUCUUCAUGAUUAAUUCAACGUAUAUUUUCUUAAAAAAUUAGUUUAUGGCUAGUUUGCCGGCUUUGAUUUUGUAAUGUUAUUAAGAAUAAAAUUAAUUAUAUCAAGAAUAAUUCAUUUAACAAUAUAAUGGUGUUGAUAUUAUAAUUUAAAAGAUUAUUAAAUUACUCGACAAAGCAAAAUAAAAGAAAAAAUCAGCUAUAUUUGAUAGUAUUCGAGAUUACAUUGAAGCAAUUAAUAUUAUGAAUGAGGAAAAAACUCGAAUUCUUAUAUAAUCUAGUCCUCAUAUCACCACAACUCUAUAUCCUGAAAUAUUUGUUAGAAUUUUAAGUUUAUUUGAAAAAGAAUAUGAAUUGGUUUCAUCAUUUUUAAGUUUAUGUGCAAACUUAUGUUAUGAUUAGAGUAGUUUUCUUCGUUAAAUCUUUUUAAAUCAUCUUGAUCAAAUAAUUGAUUAGAUUUCUCAUAUUUAUUAAAAUGUAGAACUCUCCAUAUAAUCAUGUGAUAUGUAUGUAUAAAUAUUGAAUCUACUAUCAAAUUUAUUGAUUGAAGAUCAAUUUAGAAAGAAAUUCAUGGAUUAUAACUUUAAUAAAGAAUUUUAUAUCCAAUAUUUCAGAUUAUUAAAGUAACUUCAAAUUAACUUAGAUCCUAAUUAUGAAGAAUUAAUUUCAAUAGCUCUUGGUUUUUUGAUUAAUUUGUUUCAUCAUAUGAAUUCAAUAUAAUCUGAAUAAUUGAUAAUAGAAUUGAAAUAAUUACCAAAGAUUUUGGAUGCCUUUUCAUUUUCUAGAAAUUCUCUUAUUUUAGAAAGAGUGGAAAUAGUGUAAGCAAUAUACUUAAAUAUAUAAAAAGAACCAUCUUUUAUUAAUCUAAAAUUCAAAGUAAUUGGACCAAUGAAAAAUGGUUAUAAUUUUCAUUGA